AUGAAGGAAGCUAUUCACAAGGUUGCUGAAAACUCUUCGACAGCCCAGGACCGAUUUCGCCCCUCCUGGGACUCAUCAGGCGAUGUACUGCGGUAUCUCAAAUAUUGUACCAAGUGGAACAUGGAGCGGCCUGGUACCGCACAUUCAGUUGAAGAAAAACAGUAUAAACAAGAGAUUCAGGUUGGGAUUCAGGAUUUGGAAAAAAAAUGCCGAAUGGAAUUUGGCAUCUGCACGCCGUUGCAGAAAGAAAAACCACCGCGGCACAAUCAAGAUUUCGGCAGAUCAAAGGGGGCUGAUCGCUUUAAUUUUAUCAUCAGUUCGUGUAGCGAACCAUACAAACGUUUCCAAGCACAAGGUAGUUUGGUUUUGAAAAUAUUGCAGCUACGACUGAAGAUAUCCCCAGCCGGGUCAGAUGACCAUGAGAGUCUUGAAUGA